UCGACGAAUAAUUGUUUUUUUACCAUGUACCGUCGUUGUGCACUUUUACUUUCGGUGACUAUUUAUGUCUCUGGAAACUACCAUCCUUUAUCGGAGGAAUAUAUCGCCAAUAUCAACCGCAAACAAUCAACGUGGACGGCAGGGGUAAAUUUCGACCUUUCCGAUUGGGACAGGGUCAAAAAUUUAGCGUCCAGCGUUCGCCAUAUUCCCCACUCGAUACUCGUCAAAUACAAAAGAAAUCUAAAAGACGACGAUCCAAACGCAACUAUACCGGAAUAUUUCGACUCCAGCGAAGUUUGGCCCGGAUGCGAAACAAUCGGUCAGAUCAGAGAUCAGUCGAGCUGCAAUGCGGGCUGGGCUUUCGCGGCUGUGGAAACUAUGUCCGAUAGAAUUUGCAUAUUCUCCAAUCAAACCAAGCAAGUGUACGUGUCGGCUCAAGAUUUGACGACCUGUUGUACUGAAUGCGGAGAUUGCCAAGGCGGGUUUGCCAUUCUGGCGUGGACUUAUUGGGAAGACAGUGGCAUCGUUACCGGUGGCCUUUAUAAUCGCACUGAUCAGGGGUGUAAGUCGUAUUUCUUACCGGAGUGCGAUCAGUAUUCGGAGAAUUGUACAGAUUACGUCGCCACCCCUUCGUGCUCCAAAAAUUGCGACGACGCGGGCGUGAAUUACGAGGACUCGCUUACAUUUGGAACGGAUAUUUACUAUUUGGAGUCGGCGCGCCAGGUUCAACUGGAAAUGCUGCAAAAGGGACCGGUCGAAGCUCAGUUUACAGUUUAUGAAGAUUUUGUCAGCUACCGAAGCGGAAUUUAUCAACCGACAACCGAAAACGCCAUUGGAAGUCACGCAGCAAAAAUCGUUGGCUGGGGUGUGGAAGAUGGAGUGAAAUUCUGGAAAGUCGCAAAUUCCUGGAACAGAAAUUGGGGGGAAAAUGGAUACUUCCGCAUAAUACGUGGCGUAAACAGUUGCGGUAUUGAAAGCGCUGUACUUUGCGCAUCGCCUGUAUAGAUAAUUGUGUAAAUAAACGCCUGUAUAGAUAAUUGUGAAAAUAAACGCAUC